AUGGUUGGUGCUCCCGAUGUCGUCAAGCCGUCAGACAAAGUCGAAGAAUACUCGCCCCACGUCAACGGGAACCCUGUCUUCACGAUCAGCGAUGAGAUUGGUUGUCCAGACACCGCUUUCAAUAUGGCGUCAAUAAACUCGAAUGGCGAUUUGAAAAGUCUAGGUGAUCCUCCGGACAAGAAGGCCGCAGAAGCCGAUGCUGAGAAGCAACCACUGUCAGGCAAAAAAGAGGAAAGAUGGUGGAACACGUUGAUGCAAGUAGCCGUCCCAUUUUUCAUAGCCGGCUGCGGCACCAUCGGAGCUGGCUUAGUUCUUGGAAGCGUAAGGAACUGGGAGGUGUUCAUGAACGUGUCUGCAAUCUUCGUACUGGUGCCGUCCCUUUCUGGUUUGAAGGGUAACCUGGACAUGUGCCUCGCGUCCCGGCUAUCAACGCAAGCUAAUCUCGGCAACAUGGAAUCGCCGCGGGAAGUCAUAUCCAUGGUCGUUGGAAACAUAUCACUAGUGCAGGUGCAAGCUAUAGUGGCCGCAACAGUUGUAUCGAUGUUCGCAAUAACAGUAAACGCCAUCACUGAUAGGGCGUUCAACGGCAGCUAUGUGCUGCUACUAAUCGCCUCCGCCGUCUUCACCGCCACAACUACUUGCUUCGUAUUAGAUUUCGUGAUGGUGCUAGUGAUAUUCGGGUCGCAGAAGUUCAAAGUGAACCCGGACAACGUGGCGACACCGCUAGCGGCGUCUAUCGGAGACAUCGUGAGCAACUCCGUACUUGCUGUCACCGCGCAGUAUAUGUACGAACAGAUAAAGAUAUCACUCUGGCAGCCCAUAGCGCUUAUGUGUGUCUACUACAGCCUACUUCCACUCUGGGUCUUCAUCGUGUGGAGGAACAAGUACACAAAGAAGGUGCUUACCACUGGCUGGACUCCGGUCAUAUCCGCGCUGUUCAUUAGCGGUAUCGGUGGAAUAGUCCUCGAUCAAGCCGUUGAGCAGUAUCCAGGGUACGAAGUGUUCCAGCCGAUUGUUAAUGGUAUUGGCGGGAACCUCGUUUGCGUCCAGUCAUCGCGUCUCACCACACACCUCCAUCAAACUGCCAUUCUUGGCAUUCUGCCCGAGAACACGAGGAUAGUGGAGUGGCCUUGGAGGACGCUGUUCUAUGGGACUACCGCGGCAAAAGUGGCACGAAUGUUACUCGUGCUUGCGAUGUGCGGACAGGUCGUGUUCAUGAUUGUCGCCGACUUCAUCUACCAGGGCUUCGUCAGUCUCCAAUUCGCGUUUGGACUCACAUACCUUCUCUGCUCUAUGCUACAGGUCAUGAUGCUCCUGUAUUUAGCGUAUAUGCUGAUCCAUUUCAUGUGGAAGAAGAAGAAGGAUCCAGACAACGCGGCCAUUCCUUAUUUGACGGCGUUAGGUGAUCUAUUAGGUUCAGUGUUCCUAGGUCUUGCCUUUGUAAUACUCUCUAUGUUUGGAUUGCAAUAUGGUAACAAUGUGUCCGGUACUUAA